UUGUUUUUCGACGACCGAACCUGUCACUUUUUGUUUCAUUUUUUUUAAUUUUUCGUGAAAAAUCGAAUGUACGAACGUAUCGAAGCAGCUGAAAACUUAGGAAAAUCCUUUGAAAUCGUUGUAUGAUGACAAGCGGCCACCGCCAAAAAAACAGGACCAAUGCGGGACUGGAGGUACGUCCCUGAAUUAGCGUUGCGCGAGGUAUAUAAAAGUUUAGGCAGAAGGGAUAGGCUGUCAUGUACGUUGGUAUGUCCGCAAUGGAGGAACGCGAUGGACUACGUCGGUUUAUGGCGUAAAAUGACUGUACACAUCGACUCUGACUUCACAGUUUCGUCGGACUUGUUUUUAGAGCCCAGCACUAUUUUCCUUACGAGAUACUACCACAAGUAUUUACAGUCGUUAGACUUAAGUUGGGCGACACCCGCUUUGAGCCAAAGUAAAUGGUCGCAUUUGAGAUAUGACGACCUAACGAAAAAAGUCGGUCGGUAUUUGAUAAUACUCUACGACAGUUACGUCCAGCUAAGUCAUUUAAAAAUUUCCGAUUGGUACAAUAUAUUUCACAUGCGAAAACUUAGCUACUUUCUGAUUCGAUUCAUAAAGUACCAACAUAAUCUUAGAACGCUUCACCUCAGCAACGCCAACUUUUACGCGAUCGAUUUCUCAAAAAUUUUGGCAUCUUGUAUGAACUCUUCAACCUGCUUGGUCGAAUUGAACGUGCGCUAUUCAUCGGCUUACGCGAAAAAAAGAUUUGACGGAUGGAUAUUCGCGAGUUGUUUGGAAACAUUCGUCAGUUUGCGAGAGUUGACUGUUGAUUACUGGAUUUUUUGCGACUUCGCGGUCAAGGUACAAACGGAAAAUCAUAAUUUUGUCAAAGCGAAAAUAAUCCUCAACGAAAACGAGGGUGCGUCGGAAAAUUUACCGGAAAUUACAAGCGAAAAUUGGAGCAAUAUGCGAAAAAUCUUUCCAAAUUUGACCGUUCACUUAUUAAUCGAUCGAGCAUUGAAAUUCGAUGAAAUCGAUCUCAUAUUGAAACCUCAGAUGCCAUUAACGCAUUUCUCGUCGCGUUUGUUCUUCGAAGACGUUCAGGAUGAUAGUUACGAAUACAAACAAGCGCUGAAAUUAUUAGCAGAUCGGUUUAAAAAGACCAUAGAAUCUGUCAAGCUGGAAAUAGAUCUGGACUCGAAACGUUUAACAAGAGAAAUUCAUUAUAUACUCUUCAGAUGUAAGAAACUGAAAUCCCUCCGCUACAAUUGCGAAGAAUUAAUGACUGGACGCAUUCUUUUACUGCGAUAAUUAGGUGAUUUUG